CUAAAACAAGUUUAAUUUAACAUUUAACCGGUCCUAUAUAAACGACAGAUUAAUUUUGAGUGAGCAUCACUUGCACUUUUUCCAGCUGUAAAUUAGUUGUUUGUUUUGUUGAUUUUUGUGAAGUCGUGUUUAUUUAGUAAACAAAAUGAUGAAAUACGUAUUUGUUGCAUUAGUUUGUGUUGCCGUGGUUUCUGCUCAACUUAGUGGUUCGCGACCAGGAGGAGGUGGUGGCCCGGGUGGAAGACCAGGACAAGGUGGUUUUGGUGGACAACAAGGCGGUCUUGGUGGACAACAAGGUGGCUUUGGUGGACAACAAGGUGGUGUAAGACCAGGACAAGGCAGUUUUGGUGGACAACAAGGUGGCUUUGGUGGACAACAAGGCGGUCUUGGUGGGCAACAAGGUGGUUUUGGUGGACAACAAGGUGGUGUAAGACCAGGACAAGGUGGUUUUGGUGGACAACAAGGCGGUCUUGGUGGACAACAAGGUGGCUUCGGUGGACAACAAGGUGGCUUCGGUGGACAACAAGGUGGACAAGGUGUACGUCCAGGUGGUAUUGGAGGUGGACGACCAAUUCAGGGUUAAAACCACUGUAUCAUCCAUCAGUUGAUUGAACCGUCUCUAAUCAAGAUAUAGUCCAGUUACGGAUUGAAUGACAUCAACAAUAUUGUCUUUACCACUCAUUUUUGUCCACGCAGUUGUUUUUAAUUUAAAAAAUCAAGUCUUUCCAUAAUAUUUGUACUUUUUUUAAUAAUUUAUUCAUUUUGUAAAAUAUUUAUUUGAAACUGCUUGAACAUCAUGGUUUCAACCAAAUCCAUCUUUGUGAUCAAUGUUGAGAUAGGUAAAAUGAGUAAUUGACCUAAUUGUUUUAAAUGUUCGUAUUGGUAAUUGAGUCAAAAAUAAUGUGUAACGCGAUACGACUAUAACGAAUUUCUUGGCUAUUUCCUAAAUAUUCAAGUUUUUGGAAAGUUUACCAUCGUAAAAUUAUAAAUAUAGGCAUACGACUAAAUAAUGUAUUUAAAAUAAAUAAAUAAAAUUCUACAUUUUUGCUACAUUAA